ACAAAACUGAUGAAGAAACACACUCAUCCUGAUCUCAGAUGAUCUGAGGGGGAUUCCAUCAUUCCAUCUAAUCAACUAAAGUACCACUCUAGGUUUUUUUUUUCCUGAAAUAUGCUAAGUUUUCUAAGUCGCCGUCUCAAAGGAUCAAUUAAACGAGCAAAGAGCCAACCCAAACUCGACCGCACUGGAAGCUUUCGCCAAAUGAUUCUGCCACGAUUCCGCAGUGCAGACCAGGAGAGGACACGUCUCAUGCAGAGCUUCAAGGAGUCUCACUCUCACGAGUCCCUGCUGUCCCCCAGCAGCGCGGCCGAGGCCCUGGACCUCACGCUGGACGAGGAUGCCAUCAUCAAACCCGUCCACUCCAGCAUCCUCGGCCAGGAGUACUGCUUCGAGGUGACGACUGCGUCGGGCACCAAGUGUUUCGCGUGCCGCUCUGCUGCUGAAAGGGACAAAUGGAUCGAGAACCUGCAGCGAGCCAUCAAACCCAACAAGGAUAACAGUCGUCGUGUUGAUAAUGUGCUGAAGCUAUGGAUCAUCGAGGCCCGGGAUCUUCCUCCGAAGAAGCGCUAUUACUGCGAGCUGUGUCUGGACGACAUGCUGUACGCACGCACCACCAGCAAGCCUCGCACAGACACCGUGUUCUGGGGCGAACACUUCGAGUUCAACAACCUGCCGGCCAUCCGCAGCCUCAGACUGCACCUGUACAAGGAGACGGACAAGAAGAGACGCAAGGAGAAGAGCACGUACCUGGGGCUGGUCAGCAUCCCCAUCUCCAGUAUAACGGGCCGUCACUUCGUGGAGCAGUGGUAUCCGGUCAUCCAGCCCAGUGUCCUGGCCAAGGGCAGCGGUGUGGGCGGCGGGAAGAUCAUCAACGCCUCGCUGCGCCUCAAGAGCCGCUACCAGACCAUGAGCAUCCUGCCCAUGGAGCUGUACAAGGAGUUCGCCGAGUACGUGACCAACAACUACCGCACGCUGUGUGGCGUCCUGGAGCCGCUGCUGAGCGCCAAGAGCAAGGAGGAAGUGGCUUGUGCGCUGGUGCACAUCCUGCAGAGCACCGGCAAGGCCAAGGACUUCCUGUCUGAUAUGGCCAUGUGUGAGGUGGACCGCUUCAUGGAGCGUGAGCAUCUGAUCUUCAGAGAAAACACACUGGCCACCAAAGCCAUCGAGGAGUUCCUGAAGCUGAUCGCACACCGCUAUCUCAGAGACACCAUCGGAGAGUUCAUCCGUGCGCUGUACGAGUCGGAGGAGAACUGUGAGGUGGAUCCGAUGCGAACACCUCCCUCGGUGCUCUCAGAUCAUCAGGCUAACCUGCGCAUGUGCUGCGAACUAGCGCUCUGCAAGAUCAUCAACUCUCACUGCCUGUUUCCUCGCGAGCUGAAGGAGGUGUUUGCGUCGUGGCGUGUGCGCUGUGCUGAGCGCGGCCGGGAGGACAUCGCUGACCGUCUUAUCAGCUCAUCUCUGUUCCUGCGCUUCCUGUGUCCAGCCAUCAUGUCUCCGUCUCUGUUCAGUCUGACGCAGGAGUAUCCGUCUGAACGCACCUCUCGAACCCUCACGCUCAUCGCCAAAGUGGUGCAGAGCCUGGCCAGCUUCUCCAAGUUCAGUGGGAAGGAGGACUAUCUGGGCUUCAUGAAUGAGUUCCUGGAGAUGGAGUGGGGCUCCAUGCAGCAGUUCCUGUACGAGAUCUCUAAUCUGGAGUGUGUGAGUAACGCUGGGGCGUUCGAGGGCUACAUAGACCUGGGCCGCGAGCUCUCCAUCCUGCACAGUCUGCUGUGGGAGGUCAUGGCCCAGCUGAGCAAGGAUGCCAUCCUGAAGCUGGGGCCCUUGCCGCGGUUACUGAAUGACAUCAGCGUGGCGUUGAGGAACCCCCAGCUGCACCGUCAGGCCAGUCACCAGCCGCCCGAGCGUCACAUGACCCGCCCGCCCUUCAGCCGCCUCGCCACCAGCGACUUCCAGAGCCUCAUGAUGAGAGACCUCAACAGCUCUCUGGAUGUCUCUUGUCUGCCGUCUCCCACGGCUGCUCUCUCUCAUCCUGGACUGGCUGCGUUCUCCGAGCGAGAUCUCCGUGCCAACAAAGACGUCUUCUACGUGACCCGCCCACCUCUCGCACGCUCAAGCCCCGCCUACUGCACCAGCAGCUCUGACAUCACUGAACCAGACCCCAAGGUUCUCAGUGUGAAUAAGAGUGUUUCUAUGAUGGACCUGCAGGACUCUCGCAUCAACAGCGUGUCCAACCUGCACUCGGUGAACGACCUGCUGAACUCGUCUCAGGGGUCUCUGGCCGGCUUCGGCGCCCCUCUGAGGGCCGGAGGGCGUAUGUCGGCCGGCUCCAGUAUGUCGGGUGGUCUGCGUCUGAAUCAGCUGGCCACAGACUCUCUGUCUCAGGCGGCUGCGAUGCACGUGCCUCUGUCCUUCCAGAACCCUCUGUUCCACCUGGCGUCCGACGGGCCGCAGUACCACACGCCCCCCCCGCCGCUGCUGCUGCCGCCCGAGCCGGAGAACGGACACGUGCCGUCCUUCGCUCACAGCGGCUUCUCUCGCAGCGAGGACCUGUCGGCCCUGAGGACGCAGAACAGUCUGGUGCAGCCCAACAUCGUGCACUCGCACAGCUACAGCGACGACUACACCCGCCACAACCAGGCCGACUACGCCCGCAGACAGCUCUCGCUGCAGAUGCAGGAGAAUCUCCAGCAGCAGGUUCUGAUGGGCAUGGCUCCACAGACAGCCACAGGCACCGGCACGCCCGCUUCUCUGGCCACGCCCCCCACCACCAUCCAUCCUGUCCGUCAGGCCUCCAUGGCUCCGCCUCCUCCUCAGCGCAUGAAGCCUCAGCCCUCCCACCAGCUGUCUGUCAGCUCGGCCGCCAACUCCACGCCCCCCAAGACACGCCCCCAGAGCGGGAACCUCCUCCAGUCCCCCGACUCCAGUUUCGGCGGGAGGCAGAUGCCGAGGCAACAGCUGUCGGUGAAGGAUAGCCCCGCCCCCGGCCUGCCACAUCAGUCCAGCACGACCUCGGAGAGCCCCGCCCCUCAAGGCGGAGCCAAUGAGAGCACAGAAAACACACCGAGCAACCAACCAGCAAAACCUGCACAGCAGAGCAACCAACAGCAGCUGCUCAAACCAACCGUGAACAAACAGGGCUCGAAGUCUCCGUCCACUCUCAAUCCUCCCUCAGCAGCAUCCGAGCGUACGGUGGCCUGGGUGUCCAACAUGCCACACCUGUCUGCGGACAUCGAGAGUCUGCGUGUGGACCGCGAGGACUUCAAACUGAAGGAGCACUCCAAGAGCAUGGACGAGUCCCGUCUGGACCGGGUGCGUGAGUACGAGGAGGAGAUCCACUCUCUGAAGGAGCGUCUGAUGAUGUCUCAUCGUAAGCUGGAGGAGUACGAGCGGCGGCUGCAUUCCCAGGAGCAGCAGACCAGUAAGAUCCUGCUGCAGUACCAGAGCCGGCUGGACGACAGCGAGAGACGCCUGCGCCAGCAGCAGGUGGAGAAGGACUCGCAGAUCAAGGGCAUCAUCAACAGGUUGAUGGUGGUGGAGGAUGAGCUGAGGGGAAGUGGAAUGCCUGACCUCAAAACCAGAAUAUUCACAGAACAGCCGAUUUAUGGUGCCCACUCUGGAACAUGAUUGGCCCGCGCAGGACUAGCGGACCUGUGAUUGGUUGAACCUCAACCCAGGAGUGUCUGAUGAUUGGCUGAGAGAGAAGAGAGAGGCGGAGCCUGAGCAGGACGACCAACUCCAACUGGACAAACUCUCUCUCUCUCUCUUUCUCUCUCACACACGCUGAGUGUAUAUAUGUGUAUAUAAGUGAUAUAUAACUAUAUAUUCCUCAGGUGUGUCUCUCUCUCUCUCCUGCUGUCUUUCUCUCUUUCUUCUGAAUUUUUUGAGCCAAAUGGACGACAAUCAGCAUCUUGAGGCCGAAACAAUCACACCGAUAGCACAAAGAAAAUCAACGCAGAAGGACGGACGGAGAGAGAGAGAUGACUUUAUACUCUCUCGUUCUCUUCCCAUCAUCCCCUGCCUCUCUCUCUCUCUCUCUUUACUGCAGGAGUGUGUUGUAUAUGUGUGUGUGUGUGUGUGUGUGUGUUUGAUCGGUUGCAGCCUCAACUUCCUAAUAAUGACUCAAUAAUGAAUCUUUUUUUUUUUUUCAAAUGAUGUUUUGAGGGACUUGAUUACUUCUGAGCCAAUCAGACGCCGGCAUGCCGCUCAGAACCCCGCCCAUUCCUGUCCCGAGCUGGGGGGCGGGAUCUCCUCUCCGUGCCUAAAGAGCUCCUUCUAGAACGACUGGUCGAAAAGAGACUAGACGAAGUUUGUUCCAUGAUCACACGUUUGCUCAUCUCUGACAGAGACGGUCAUGUGACUCGCUCGCUCUGCAUGAUGGGACCAAGAGAGGACGAGCGGUUUGCUGUUCCUGGGAUGUGGAGAGCGAGCGGAUUGGUUUAGUGCUGGUGUGUGUUUGUGCCUAACGCCCAGAUGACGAGGUUCAAGGUUUGGAUCAUCACUGAAGCUCUCUUCAGACCCUAGUGAGCCGCCGAUGCUUCACACAUCCCACAAUGCUCUGAGACACGCUGGAGAGUCUAAAUGUGUAGGAUACUGAUACCUUAUUAUUAUUCAGUAUCUCCAGCUUAUAUUUAAACUUAACUUCAAAUUGAAAUUGUGAUAAAUAUAUUACUAUUGUACAAUAGACAGAACUUCAGAAAGUAAUAAUUCAAUCAUUAAAACUUAUCCUAGAAUUGUUAUUGUUUACAAUACAUCUCAUUUUGCGGCACAAGA